AUGGCUAACAGAGCUGCAAUAGAUGAAUUAAAUCGAAAAAUCGACGAAUUACAUAAAGCUCAGAAGGAAUACAACCAGAAACAAGAAGAGCUCGCUCUUAAACAUGCAGAUCUACUCAAGAAGGUGGAUUACAACUAUGAACAGCCAUCACCUAUACUUUUACAGUCCAUCAAAGAAUUACUGCAUGAAAGUAGAGAGGAAGGUAGAGAAGAACAAAGACAAAUUCCAGUGGGUCAUAUUCCUAUACCAACACAAGGAGUCUUAGGAGCAAUUCCAGGCUCAAGUCGUACAACAGGAAAUGUAGAAGAAGAGCAAAAAGUCCAUUUAGCAUCUUUGUAUCUAGAAGGUCGAGCUGAUGUAUGGUAUCAUGACUAUCAAGAAGGAAAACCUGUUGUUACCUGGGAAGAAUUUACUACUACCGUUAAUAACCGAUUUCAGGAAUUAGGGCAUGAUGAUAUUGUAGGAGAAUUCAAUAAACUUUCUCAGGUAUGGACUGUGUUGGAUUAUCAAGAAUCUUUUGAAGAACUUAAGGCUCUUAUGUUAGCAAAGAAUCGUCACUUAACGGAAGAAUACUUCACAUCCAGUUUCAUAAGUGGCUUGAAAGAAGAAUUACGUAUGCAUGUGUUGAUGUUCUCUCCCAAGAGCCUAGCCAGUGCCAUUUAUCUAGCUCGAAUGAAAGAAUCUCUACUUGAACUGAAUGCGAAGAAGAAUAAAAGCUCCAACGGGCCUUUACCCAUUUAUACAUCAAACUACAAUACCCACAAAAAUCUCAGUUCUCCCAUGACUAGCCCAAGAUUACCAAAAACUUUUUAA